CAGCAUAAGUAGAACAAUUUGACAAUUGCAUUUUUUAUUCAAUUUUUUUUUCUUCCCAUCACCAAUUUUUUUGUGUGUGCAUUUUCUUAUACGGGUGUUGGAAAUAUACGAAAAAAUUGACAAAAUUCUUUACAAAUACUUUUAACUAAUAAACUGCCAAUAUAAUUGGCAAAUAAUUUAACAAUUUUAUGAAAUUGUUAAUAAAUUGCUAAAGAAAACAUAAAACAAAUUGUGAAAAAUUCAAUUAGAACAUUUUUGUGUAUGGAAGAAUAAAGUGGUAAAAGUGAAUUGAGAAAAACGAAUUUUUUGCGAAUGGCGUAAAUGAAAAACUAUAGCAAAGAGUGGACAACAAAAAAGAAAGAACGAAAAAGUUAAUAUAAACAUAAUUUUAUAAUUUAAAUUUGUUAAAUUAUAAAAAGAGAAAUAUUAAUUGAAGAAAGAAGUUGUAAAAAGGGAAAUAACAUGGGCGAACAUACAAAUAGUGCCUCAACCAAAGCAAAAAAUGCAGCAGCCUCAUCAAUGGCAGCUGCUGCCGGAUCAACAGUAGCAGCAGCCGUAGCCGCUACAGGCCAACAACAAAUGCAGCAUCUACAACAGCAGCAGCAGCAGCAGCAACAACAACAGGCUAGUACAAGUGGGAGUGCUGGUUUAACUCCCUCAACAAUAGCAACGGCCAAGGAUGCGCGCGAAUUGCAAGAAAUACGCAAUUUAUUAUGGGGACCAGCAAUACGUUUGGAUGUUUUUCGUCGUUGGUCUCAAGGUUUUGAAUUUAGUGCUGAAGAACCUUCCGCUUUGGUACAAAAACAAGGUGGACCCUGUGCUGUGAUUGCGCCUGUUCAAGCGUACAUUUUAAAGAUUUUAAUUAUGGAUACACCUGGUCAUUGUUUCAAAGAUUUAACACCCGACAAGUGUAAAAGUUUACUUAUACAAGCUCUCUGCACCAUUCUGAGUAAAUGUAAAGCGUUACGUCUACGCAUAGUCACACUACCUGUCGAACAAUGUUCGGAAGCCAAAGAAACGUCAACAACAGCAGCAACAGAGGCGGCAGUAGCAGCUAGUAAUGCCGCCAAUGAUGAUGCAAAUUUGAAUACUGAUGCUGGCUUCAUGGAUGAUGAAACAACAGAAGAUGAGGCUGCUACAGCUGCUGCGGCUGCUCUUACUGCUGGUACAGUACCUUGUAAUGCAGCCGAAGAGGUAUCGCCCGAAGAAUAUCAUAAACGUUUGCAUGUUGUGCAUUUCAAUACAAUAGAAGAGGUGGAAAAAUAUUAUACGCUUAACUUUGAAGUGUUAUCGGCCAAAUACGGUGUGCUGUUAUUCAUGUAUACGGUAUUGCUGACCAAGGGUAUAGAAAAUGUCAAUUCGGAGCUGUUGGAUACCUCAGAACCGCUAAUACAUAAUACCUAUGGUUAUGGCUCGCAGGCUUUAAUUAAUCUAAUGUUAACCGGACGUGCCGUGGCGCAUGUCUGGGAUAAUGAUCAGGAUGUGGGCGGUCUAAAGUUGAGGGGUAUUAAUGAACAAAGUGAUAUUGGUUUCAUAACAUUGAUGGAACAAAUGCGUUAUUGUACGGUGGGUUCGUUUUUUAAGAAUCCGAGAAAUCCGGUUUGGGUUAUGGGUUCGGAGACUCAUUUAACUGUGUUAUUUAGCAAUGAAAAGCGUCUUGUAUCACCCGAAACACCUUCGGAAAUAGCCCGCCGAGUUUUUAAAUCUUAUGAUCCGGAUGGUAAUAAUUUUAUACCAACUCCAGUGCUACAGGAUGUUUUAGCCGCUUUGGAUUUAGUUAGCGAAGCGGAAUAUGUCAAUAUUAUGCAAAGACGUUUAGAUCCCGAGGGUUUAGGCAUAAUAUUAUUAAACGCAUUUAUGGAUGAAUUUUUCCCACUGGAAAAACGUUCAACACCCGACACCUUCGAUUUAAUGCAUUAUAAUGGUAUACCUGGAUCUAAUGAGGGCAAUAAGGUCCAGUAUUGCAAAGGUUCUGCCAUAUUAUUAGAAAGUGAUUUAAAAUCGAUUUGUGUUUCAAAUCCCAUGAUGACAUGUUUACAAACAAAAUGGCCAAAUAUUGAAAUAAAUUGGCAUGAUAUGCGAAUACCUUCAUUGAAUUGACCACAUUUACAGUAUACUUUAAUUUAAAUAAAAGCAAAGAAAAUAAUAAUAAUAAAAAAACAAAUAACAUAAAAUGAACAAACAAAAAAAUGAGCUAAAAACAUAAUAAUCUUAAAGAAAAAUUAACAUUUAACACAAUUUAAUUGAGGCCUAACUAAAUAUUAAUUUGUAGAAAAACAAAAACAUAAUUAAAAAUCCUAAUUUACAAAAUAGUAGUCACACAAAGUUUAAAACAAAUUCAGAAAACAUAUUGAAAAAGAUAUUUUGAAUAUAUGUGUUUAAAAAGCAAAUAUUUCUUUAUAAAAUGUACUCUACUCGGUUUAGUUUCAAAACUAAUAGUACAUUUUUUUUUAAUUUAUAGCUUUAUAAAUAUUUUACAGCUGUAAUGCAAAGUUUUUUUUCUAUAGUUUAACAGCAACAUUUCUUAUCACUAACACUGAAAUUAAAAUUUAAAAGAAAAUCAAGUCAAAAAAUAUUAUUCGGUGGCAUUGAAUAGUAUUUAUAACCUCCAAGAGAAAUGUUUUAUAAAAAUUUAAUUGAAAUUUCAGUAUAUCUAUCGUAUUUCAGUUAUUUCAUACUGAAAUUAAUUCUUAAUUAUAUUUCAAAGGUUUGACAAUAAUUGACAAAGUCUAUAAGAAUUUCCAAUUGGUUUACUAUAUAAAAAUUACAUUGAAUGCAAAAAACUUUUCUCAAUUUUCCAAAUAUUUUUUUCUUAUAGUUGAUCCUGGGAGUGAAUAAAUUAGGGGGUUAUAAAAUUAAAUACAUCUAUAUUUCUAUGAUAAACAUACAUAUAUUAAAGUUAAAAACAAAAUAAAUUAAUUAGCAAUAAUUAAAAAAAUAAAAAAUAGUAGCCACUUAAAUCUAAAUAAAAAAAUAAAUAGCAAUAUAACAAACUACAAAAACAAAAUAAAUAUGUAUUCUUA